CCUUCCCCCUCCCCGCCCAGCAGCGGUCGCUCCGGCCCCGGCUCUCGGUUAUAAGAUGGCGGCGCUGAGCGGCGGCGGCGGCGGCGCGGAGCAGGGCCAGGCUCUGUUCAACGGGGAUAUGGAGCCCGAGGCCGGCGCCGGCGCCGCGGCCUCUUCGGCUGCGGACCCUGCCAUUCCCGAGGAGGUGUGGAAUAUCAAACAAAUGAUUAAGUUGACGCAGGAACAUAUAGAAGCCCUAUUGGACAAAUUUGGUGGGGAGCAUAAUCCACCGUCAAUAUAUCUGGAGGCCUAUGAAGAAUACACCAGCAAGCUAGAUGCCCUCCAACAGCGAGAACAACAGUUAUUGGAAUCCCUGGGGAAUGGAACUGAUUUUUCUGUUUCUAGCUCUGCAUCAACAGACACCGUUACAUCUUCUUCCUCCUCUAGCCUUUCAGUGCUACCUUCAUCUCUUUCAGUUUUUCAAAAUCCCACAGAUGUAUCACGGAGCAAUCCAAAGUCACCACAAAAACCUAUUGUUAGAGUCUUCCUGCCCAAUAAACAGAGGACAGUGGUACCUGCAAGAUGUGGAGUUACAGUCCGAGACAGUCUAAAGAAAGCUCUGAUGAUGAGAGGUCUAAUCCCAGAGUGCUGUGCUGUUUACAGAAUUCAGGAUGGAGAGAAGAAACCGAUUGGCUGGGACACUGAUAUUUCCUGGCUCACUGGAGAGGAACUACAUGUAGAAGUGUUGGAAAAUGUCCCACUUACCACACACAACUUUGUACGGAAAACUUUUUUCACCUUAGCGUUUUGUGACUUUUGUCGAAAGCUGCUUUUCCAGGGUUUUCGCUGUCAAACAUGUGGUUAUAAAUUUCACCAGCGUUGUAGUACAGAGGUUCCACUGAUGUGUGUUAAUUAUGACCAACUUGAUUUGCUGUUUGUCUCCAAGUUCUUUGAACACCACCCAAUACCACAGGAGGAGGCCUCCAUAGCAGAGACUGCCCUUACGUCUGGAUCAUCCCCUUCUGCUCCCCCCUCCGAUUCUACUGGGCCCCAAAUCCUCACCAGUCCGUCUCCUUCAAAAUCCAUUCCAAUUCCACAGCCUUUCCGACCAGCAGAUGAAGAUCAUCGAAAUCAAUUUGGACAACGAGACCGGUCCUCAUCAGCUCCAAAUGUACAUAUAAACACAAUAGAACCUGUCAAUAUUGAUGACUUGAUUAGAGACCAAGGGUUUCGUAGUGACGGAGCCCCUUUGAACGAGCUGAUGCGCUGUCUUCGGAAAUGCCAAUCCCGGACUCCCAGUCCCCUCCUACAUUCUGUCCCCAGUGAAAUAGUGUUUGAUUUUGAGCCUGGCCCAGUGUUCAGAGGAUCAACCACAGGUUUGUCUGCCACCCCUCCUGCCUCAUUGCCUGGCUCACUCACUAAUGUGAAAGCAUUACAGAAAUCUCCAGGACCUCAGCGGGAAAGGAAAUCAUCUUCAUCCUCAGAAGACAGGAAUCGAAUGAAAACACUUGGUAGACGGGAUUCAAGUGAUGAUUGGGAGAUUCCUGAUGGGCAGAUCACAGUGGGACAGAGAAUUGGAUCCGGGUCAUUUGGGACAGUCUACAAAGGAAAGUGGCAUGGUGAUGUGGCAGUGAAAAUGUUGAAUGUGACAGCACCCACACCUCAGCAGUUACAGGCCUUCAAAAAUGAAGUAGGAGUACUCAGGAAAACUCGACAUGUGAAUAUCCUACUUUUCAUGGGCUAUUCAACAAAGCCCCAACUAGCUAUUGUUACCCAGUGGUGUGAGGGCUCCAGCUUAUAUCACCAUCUCCACAUCAUCGAGACCAAAUUUGAGAUGAUCAAGCUUAUAGAUAUUGCACGGCAGACUGCACAGGGCAUGGAUUACUUACACGCCAAGUCAAUCAUCCACAGAGACCUCAAGAGUAAUAAUAUUUUUCUUCAUGAAGACCUCACAGUAAAAAUAGGUGAUUUUGGUCUAGCCACAGUGAAAUCUCGAUGGAGUGGGUCCCAUCAGUUUGAACAGUUGUCUGGAUCCAUUUUGUGGAUGGCACCAGAAGUGAUCCGAAUGCAAGAUAAAAACCCAUAUAGCUUUCAGUCAGAUGUCUAUGCAUUUGGGAUUGUUCUAUAUGAAUUGAUGACCGGACAGUUACCUUAUUCAAACAUCAACAACAGGGACCAGAUAAUUUUUAUGGUUGGACGAGGAUAUCUUUCUCCAGAUCUCAGUAAGGUUCGGAGUAACUGUCCAAAAGCCAUGAAGAGAUUGAUGGCAGAGUGCCUAAAAAAGAAAAGAGAUGAGAGGCCACUCUUUCCCCAAAUUCUCGCCUCUAUUGAGCUGCUGGCCCGCUCAUUGCCAAAAAUUCACCGCAGUGCAUCAGAACCCUCCUUGAAUCGGGCUGGCUUCCAAACAGAGGAUUUUAGUCUAUAUGCUUGUGCUUCUCCAAAAACACCCAUCCAGGCAGGGGGAUAUGGAGAAUUUGCAGCCUUCAAGUAGCCACACCAUCAUGGCAACAUCUACUCUUAUUUCUUAAGUCUUGUGUUCGUACAAUUUGUUAACAUCAAAACACAGUUCUGUUCCUCA